UCAAUAUAUCUCCAGAUAUAACAUGUCAAUAAAAGAUACAGAAUAUUUUUCAAUUUUACAGUUAUUUUAAAUAUAUUCCAAAUAUCACCCAGGUAGUUCAAAAUUUAUAACAUUAUACCAUUUGGGCAGAUUAUUACUAUGGAAAAACCUUGCGUUAAAUCAUUUUCUAAAAUUCUCAUAUCUGGUCGGUUUAUGUGGAUUCGUCAUUUUAAAUUCGUGGUUCUAAAACGAUCUGAAAUUUCAUUUGAUAUUUGUACUAAAAAUAGCAGUUCCUUGCUGUAAUUGACAUAUUCUGCGGUGUUUUUUGGGGUUUUUUUGUGUUUUUUUUUUUUUUAUUUGCUUAUUUCACCUUUUUUUGUGAACAUAAUAUCUGCUGAUAUCGUGCAUACCUGCGACAAGAAAACUCUUGUUGCUCGUUCAACCCAUGCAGGGGAAUUACUCCAGUCUGAAAUUGACACUGGUGACGAUUUACAUGGGAUUUAUAAAACAGAACUUUCCUACUGCACAGACACAGUGUCUUGUGCAUGGAAUGCCUGUAAGUUAUAUCAGAAGUCGCUGUCCAAUGCUAAUCUCCGCGGCUUACUGGGGGACUUUAUUCAUCUUUAAAUUUACUUUUUAUUUUGUACUGAAAGCGGAUCUUAUCCUACAUUUAAAAAAAAAUAGUACAAGAAAGUAAAAAUCACGGUGGGGACGCUGGCAAUUUGAAGAUUUCCCACUCUUCACAACACCAUGGACAGAAAUAGGCGUUUGGUUUGCUUGUUGGUGUUGAUGAGCUUUUGUAUGACAGCUUUAGUGAAGUCGGAUUGCAGUGAUACCAGUAAAUCAGGUAACUGUACGACUGGUCCCAAGAAGAUAUCCGUCUGGUACAAAAUGAAAGCUCAAAGCGGAAAUCAAGGAAAUGAUGUCAACUUUGUUACUGAAAUGGAGGAGAGUUGUAAUGAACUUCCAUUGAAAGUAGAAGUUCAAACCAAAUUGCAAACUGGAUCAGAAUUUAUAUUUCCGGGGAGCGGUAUUACACAAGGAAGUGAUUACUCGUAUAGCCCAUAUGGAGGGGUGGUGUACAUGUAUAAAUACACUCCCGACGGGACGAUACAAUUUAUAGUUCCUAAGAAUAAAUCAGGUGUCGCAGUCUUUUCAGGCGGUUCUGCUUGGGACGGUGUAACCCAAAUCAACGAGACGUCAGUGGACGUUCGAUACCGUGUCUGGUGUCGAUGUAACUUACCAACACCCGCAUUUGAAUCCAACUGGACGGAUAUAAACGUGGUAGACAAAAAGUACUUAGAGAUAAGCCACGGUUUAGGAAUUACUCCAGAUAUGGUUAUCGUACAACUCCGCCACGGAUCCACGAACUGGGUUUCUGACAUCAUGGGAGCCAUGUCUACGUCAGAAACGGGACGUAAGAAGAGUGGCGUUAUUUACGGAUACAACUCUAGAACGGUCAGAAUAUGGGCCCCAAAUAAUGGUAGUCUGUUUCAUUUUACGGAAGGAUGGGAAUCUUCACACGAUAAAUACAUGGUCCUUUCCGGUCAGGUUAAAGUCUAUGUAUGGACAUACUUGAUGAAUAUAAAGAGCAAAUCUAUCCCAUUAAACAGAAGGCCUUCAGGGUCGGACUUGGAAUUUCGUUUACCAGUCUCAUUUGAUAUCAGCCAGGACAUGUUGCAUUUUACGAUCUCGCCUACCGACGGUGAAAAUGGAGGAUUCUACUUUUCCGGGAUGGGCUCCGUUCAGAAUGCUGACCCAACAAAUCAGUACGGGGGAGUAAUGUAUUCCUACUCUACAGACAAAAUCAGACUCUGGCACCCUAAUCUAGAUGGACGCCACUUCCUAGUUUACGUCAACAGUAAAUGGGGCGGAGGAAAUCACAUUCAAUCAUCUGAAUCUGUUGUUGCCAAAGUGUCCGUGUGGAAAGCCGGUCAAAUUUGUCUAAUUCCCAAGAGCAAGCGGACCACCCCAAAUCCAACUACAACCCAAUCCACAACAGCAAUGACAUCACGAAAACGCGGACAGCUGACGUCAUUAAACCCAUCCACAGGGACGGGAAAUCCCUCUUACCAGUACACAAAGAAAAAUGAAUCGUGGUACGAGCGCUCAGUGGCCGUGCCUGUGUUGUGGCUGGUAGUGGGAGGGGGAUGUCUGUUGUUGUUUAUCCUGAUCAGUGCUGCUGUUACCUGCCUCUGUAAAAGGAAUUCUGACAAGAUCAUACCCCUGAAUGAUGAAGAAACCUAAUGAGCAUGUUCACACUUCGAUGGACUGUACUGGCUAUGGAUUGUUUGUGAUCGUUUUAAAACACAACUCUUUAAAUCUGCAUUUCACUUGUUCAGUUUUAUGAUUAGUUUUGAAUUUAUAAAUGAGACUAGCACAAACUGCAUAUUUCUAGUUUUACAGUGUAAAUUACCAAAGUUCUUAGUGUUUACCUCAUACUCUGCAUGUAUGUUAGAAAAGAAACUUAUUGUUCUUUAUUUGAUAGCAAUUAUGAAUUGCAUUUCUUAAAGAUAAUUGUGGUAUGGUCAAGAAUUGCUUUAUUCAUAAAAAAAACUUUUCUAGAUUUUCUUUUGUAAAGUCAGUAUUCAUGUAUCUGAAAUGAACUGCAUUCAAACAGUAGAUCUAUACGAAA